AUGUCGGCAGAGGGAGGUGAACCGCCGCCACCGCCGCCGCCGCAGCAGCAGCAGCAGCCACAUCCGCUGCUGGGAGACUUCAAGACUGAGAAUUUUUGCGACGAAGUGUACGACUACAUGGACGAUAGCUUGGCAGAAGCUAUGGUUAAAAUGGAGGAGGAACUGAUCCAGGCCGCGGCUAAGGUCAAAGGAGCAGAUCAGGGCGGCGGCGGUGGGGGCGGCGGCGGCGGCGGUGGCGAUAUCGAGGCGUCAAUAAAGACCUGCUGCGACAACGUUCAAACGCGCAUCCAACAAGAGUUCGACCGGAACAUCGACAUCCUCGACCGCUAUAUCAAGAAGAACGUGGCGGCCGUGGCUGCUUCCGUGCCUUUUGGACCGGGUGCCACCGAGGCACCGGCGGUGGCAGCGGCGGGAGAGGAUGGGCGGAGUGGCAAUGAUGCAGCUCCUGCGGCUGAGGUGGAGGAAGGGACGCCGCCAAAACGGUUGGAGGAAGAGGAAGCGCUAGAUGCGGAGAUACAGCACCUGCGAAAACGGCGACGGCAGGGACUAAGGCGAUGCGCGGCGUUGGUGCGAAAGGGGGCGCGGGAGACGGUGUUGCUGCAAGACGUGAAGGACUUCGUCGACGCGCUGCAGAUGGGGGUGUCGAGCUCCUUUGACGACAACGGGCUGACGCCGAUACCCAGCAAGGUGCAGGAGGCGGUGCAGUCGUGCGCGGAGCUAAGGGUCACGGCGGACCGAGCACAAGCCCUAACGAGGCGGCUAGAGCGCCAGGCAGAACAGAGCGCGGGGUGGGGGGGCGGCGGGGAGGUGGGCGGCGGUGCCAGCUCGAGCGCGGUGGCUUCUACCGUGCCUCCCCCGAGGGACUUGCAGUCCAUGUUCCAGCGAUCGAGCGAGCAACAGGUGGUUGCAGGGAGCGCUACGGAGUACUCUACGUUGGAGACGCGGCUAAGGGGAUAGAAGGAUGGUACACGAAGAGAGCGCACUGGAGGUACAAGACACCAACUGUCUGUAAGUUGCUUUUGAAAAGGAAUGCGGGAGUGGGUAGCCGUGGAUCGUCGCGCUGCUUGCUAAGGUGCGGGUUUUCUCGUCACGCCCUCCCUCGCCCUCUCGGUCGAGCCUGCGCGUGCUGGAGCGUUCUACGUUUGGUGGGUCGAAGCAAUGUGCGUGCUUGACUGCCAAAGGCAUCUUUUGUCUCUCCCUCGAAGUAUUUAGUCCUUCACGUCCCUUGUUGACCGAGUUAAUUUUCGGCGGAAGGGGUGUGAA